AGUCUGAGGUAGCGUCAUCCUGUAUUUUUUUGUGAUGGCAACUUGCACACUUGUACUGGUUUAGUUUCUUUAACUGUCACACCGAAGAUAACCGAAGAUAUUGCUCAUCAUCAGUCCUCACACUGGUGCUGAACUGCAGCUUUCGCUGUCUUGACUGUUGAGCGCUCGUCAGGGGAGCGGACCUGCAUCCUAAAGCAAACCUUUCUAAGACAUUGCAGUCUUGUCACGUCUUCGGCUCUCCCAUUUGCCUCAACCACGAGAGCGGAGGGGAGGAGAAGAAGAAGUGGCUCAACGGUGGUGACAUGGCCAGAGAGCUAGCAUCAUUUAAAGUGGUCCAUCUUCUGCUCUUUUAAUUCCACUGCAGCAACCUGAUGAAGGAGCUCUUGAGGCUAUGCACUUGCCUGCUUUUGGUGAAAGCAUGUUGUGGGUUACACUGCUAAGCACAAUUGCACUUGGAUGGAUGACUCCUAUCCCUCUACUUGAUGACUCAGAGGAAAUAGAUGAGCCUUGCUUUGAACCCUGCUACUGCGAGGUGAAGGAAGGCCUGUUUCAUGUUCAUUGUGACAGCAAAGGAUUUACAAACAUUAGUCAAGUCUCACAGACAUGGCUUAGACCAUUCAAGCUGUACCUGCAGAAAAACACUUUACGGAAGCUCUACUUCAACAGUUUUCUGCACUUUAACAAUGCGAUUGCCAUUAAUCUGGGCAAUAAUGCAUUGCAGGACAUCCACGUUGGGGCUUUCAAUGGCUUGGGCUCCCUGAAAAGAUUGUACCUUCAUGAAAACAAACUGGAAGUGUUUCGGAAUGACACAUUUCUUGGAUUGGAGAGUUUAGAGUACCUUCAGGCUGACUAUAACGUUAUCAAGAGAAUAGACAGCGGGGCGUUCCGAAAUCUCCACAAACUCAGAGUGCUCAUCCUCAAUGACAAUUUAAUACCUGUUCUGCCGGCUUUUCUUUUCAGAUCUGUCUCUCUGACGCACCUGGACUUGAGAGGCAACAGACUAAAGACGUUGGCUUAUAAAGGUAUUUUGGAAUAUAUUGGUCGCAGUCUUAUGGAGAUCCAGCUGGAGGAGAACCCUUGGAACUGCAUCUGUGAUAUCAUCCAGCUCCAGGCCUGGUUGGAGCGGAUUCCAUACACUGCUGUUGUUGGAGAGAUCACAUGUGAGUACCCCUUCCACCUCCAUGGAAAGGAUCUUAGAGAGAUCAAACGCAGUGAGCUCUGUCCCACAUUGAGUGAAGCAGAGAUUGAGUCAAUUCUAGGCAUCCCUCACAUGCCAGUCUACACAGGGAGGGUGAGGCCUACUAAGCCGUCAUCAAUGGUCUCCCCCAAUCAAAACACUGUUUCCUCUGUUGAACAAAGGGAAAGACCUCCAAAGCCAACAAAAAGACCAAGGCCCUCAAAGACACCACCAACACCACGUAGUGUGUUCCCUAAUCAGCCACCUAUAGCCGGAUAUCAGACAAGGCCACCUAUACCAAUCAUUUGCCCCAUUGGAUGUACCUGUAAUCUACAUAUCAAUGACCUUGGUUUGACAGUCAACUGUAAGGAAAAUGGGUUUCGGAACAUUUCUGAGUUGAUGCCUCGACCCUUGAAUGCUAAGAAACUUUACUUAAGUGGAAAUCUCAUUCAGAGAAUUUAUAAGUCUGAUUUUUGGAAUUUUUCCAGUCUCGAUUUAUUGCACUUGGGUAACAAUCAGAUAUUUUAUGUCCAAGAGGGAGCUUUUGUUAAUCUACCUAAUUUGAGAAGCCUUUACCUGAAUGGUAAUAACAUUGAGAGCUUAACUCUUGAUAUGUUUCAUGGGUUGCAGAACCUCAGGUACUUGUAUUUUGAAUACAAUGAAAUAAGAGAAAUCCAACCAGCUGCCUUCAGUUUAAUGCCCUCCCUGCAGCUAGUCUUUCUUAACAACAACCUCCUGCGUACACUGCCUGUGGGAGCAUUCGCAGGGACCUCGCUCACACGCCUGAACCUGCGCAACAACUACUUCCAUUGCCUCCCAGUCAGCGGGGUUUUAGAACAUCUGCAUGCUGUCGUCCAGAUCGACCUGAAUCAAAACCCCUGGGACUGCUCCUGUGACAUCAUCCCUCUGAAAGAUUGGCUGGACACACUGAGCUUAGUGGUCAUAGUUGGAGAGGUGGUGUGUAAGACGCCAGAGCUGAUCGCAGGAAAAGACUUGCGCUCUGUGAAUGCCGAGGUCAUUUGCCCUGAGCUUCGACAGUCCUCGCUCUCUCCUGCUGAACUAGAUAGUGGGCUUAUCACAACGUAUCCCGGGGUGGGGUUGCACCCACCAAAAGGUGCCAUACCUCUCUCUGUCCUCAUUCUCAGCUUGCUAGUUCUGUUUGUGUCUGCCUUCUUUGCUGCUGCAGCUCUUUGUGCAUAUGCUCUAAAAAAGCGUGAAAAGCUACCCUUUAGGAAGCAAGGGGAAGUGGGCCUGGCAGGCAUUCAGAUGGAAUGUGGAAUAUUUACUGAACAGCCACCCACCUUACCCGAAACUCCUCCUUCCAAUCACGUGUAUGAUAGCAUUGGUGCUCCUUCUUCGCAGAUGUGCAGUAACCCUGUUUGUAAAAGUGGACAGGAGUCAGGGCAGAAGCAUUUGUACUCAGAAACAAAAGAGGGUGGAUCACACUACCGAACACUUGUGGAGAAAGAAAAGGAGUGGACCAUGGCAAUCUCUAAUUCCCCCAUUAACACUAUUGUCGGUGUUGGAGCACCUUGUAGUGACAUUGCUGGCUUUUGUGAAAAUGGAAUACUCUGCCCAACUGUCAUUGACAGCCAAGGUCCCACUCCCAAGGUGGGAUUAGUGGACAGUCUUUUUGGCACGACUUCCCAGUUUAGCAACCUGCCGGACAGGCAUACACACCCUCCCUCAGAGUACCCACAUGCAAAACAGGAUGCCAGACAAAAGCAAAUGAUAACAACCACCACAGGGACAUGGACAGGAUGUUCUAAUCAAACCCAAAGUGAUUACCCUGAGCUGAGGGCUAGACUCAAAACAAAGAUGGAUUACAUUGAUAUGCUGGAGAGGUCAUAUCAAUUCUAAGACAUGUCAGACAUAAAAGACUGCACAUCCAAAAUGAAAAUGGUAAGAUGGAAAAAGAAUUAAUGCGAUGUAAAAUGUACGGUUUUCCCUCAAGUUGCUCUGGAGGAAAUCCCUCGUUCCAGUUUUAAAGUGCCUUCAUAAGAGCAUCCAGCAAAGUUGUAAAUGAGUAUUUUUGUAUCACAGUUUUAUUUAUCUAAUAUACAUAGAUUUACAUUGGAAGGGAAAGGAUCAACUGCUGUUUCGAGACAUUGCAAUGUUGGUAAACAUAAGGAGCAAAGUUAUAAGUAUGAAUGCAGGGCUUGUGGGCUUGGCUUUUAACUUGUUUGCAUUGAAAAAUUAUGAGAUAUUUUUAUUUAACUGAAAAUUGUUCUUCAGCAAUAGAGAUACUGCAGUUAUUGUAUAACUGUUAAGUGCUUUGUUGAAUCUGUGUUUUCAAAUUGAGUAGAUUGUCUUUAUUGGGACUUAUUGAAUGGUUUUUUUAGACCAAGGUUAGGUCAAAUCAUGAAAAAGCUUGAGAACAAUCGAUCAUGCACUUACAUGAUAGAUCUUAUAAAAGCAAGGACAGAUAUGUGCAUAUAUUUAUUCUUAGAUUUCAGUGUUGCAAUUAUUAUUGUAAGACAUCAUGUUAAAUCAGUGUAUAAUGAUUAUGCCUCUGGUUUAGCCUUCCUUGAACAAAAUAUUCAUGAAUUCAAUAAAGGGGGCUAAACUAAACCAAGUCUAAACAUUCUACAAAAUGUACCAUUUUGAGUAGUAACAUAAGUUGCGGGCAUACAGAUUUUGGCCUCUGCAUAGCGUGCACGCACACACAGCACUGUAUCCAUGUGCUUACAGUACACUUCAAAAGGGAUUCAAAAGAACACAGUAUUUGUGUCCCCCCAUUAACACUAUAACAGGCACAUAACUGGCACUAAACAGAGUGGAAUUUGUCAUAAAUGGCAUGUUAUUGACAAAUCAGUUUGUAAAAUAAUCUCUCAAGUUACACAGACCUGGGGGAGAGGAAGCAGAGAAUAUGUACAGCAUUUUUCUACCAUCCUCUGCAGUCUCCAGUCCCCUGAGUGUCCAUGGGAGGGCAUCAGUUAGAUACACCUAUUCACCAUGCAUAAGCUGGCUUAACCUAGUUACGCAGCAUUGCAUAAGGGAGAAAAAUACUGUUUUGGCAUUAUAAAAGCUUUCAAUAAAGCCAAC